UUGCUCGCAGCGGCUGUCGCUGAUCGAAGAAAUACAGCCGGUGGUCGGUUUGUGAAGAACCUUACCUGCUACACCUGUGGAAAGACAGGGCAGAUUGCGGUUAAAUGCUUCGAGGUAAUCAGUCACCCGAAAUGGUGGGGCACCGGGGACAGCGGGCGCGGCAAUGGUUCGGGUCGGGGUGGUGGCCAGAGUGGCGGCGGAAAGAAUGGGGUUGGGGACAACCAGACACGUGCUCAUGCGGCCUUCGGUGGUCCCCCAAAUAUGUUGGUCAAUGGGUCGGCGAACAGACCAGGCUCAGCGAGCGGAGAGGUCAUGAGUGAGUCGAAUCGCACCGCGAUCUCUGGUUUUUCCAAUGCUUAA